AUUGAGUGCGCAUGCGCUUCAACGUAAACAUGGCAGCAAACAGUCGAGUGUGAAAUUUUCAAUGUUGUUUGUUAUAAAUACUUUAAUGAAUAUCUAUGAACGGCUUUGAUACAAGUUGGGAUUUUUACAAACACGAAAGAAAAAUAAAAGGAAAGCAUACACACAAACAUAUACAAAGAAAAAAACGAAAUAAAAAGCGAACAAAAUACGAUUUGUAAGCUGUCCAAAAUAGGUGACGGUGAGGAAUGUCAAGAAAAUCAAACAUUCGAAAUCAUUAGGGCUUAACAUUAGUCAGAUUUCCAACAGAGAAUUUUUACUCGGAAAAAAAUGUGUGAACUGCAAGCCACUUUAGAGUUUUCUGUCGAGCUUGGAAAAUUCUAUAAUGUUGAUCUUUUUCAACGUGGGUAUUAUCAGGUACGAGUUGGUUUAAAGACACCUGCAAAAUUACCAUGUAAAACUGAAGUCUCUCUUCCCAAAAAUACAGAAAACCCUCAUGUCCUUCCAGCUAGUAUUAUCAAUGGGGUAGCUGUUAGCAAGACCUUUCAAAUUCUUUAUCGUAACGAAGAUGUUGUUGUAAAUGAUAUCAUUCUCUUUCGGAUACAUGUUCUUGUUGACAGUUCCAAGAUGCAACUGUGUGACAACUGCUAUGCUUACAAUGCAGUUUAUACGAAGGAAGAAGAACUUUCUCAGGUUAAUGAAACACUUGAAUACUUGGGACUACAACUGGUUGUGGAGUUAUGGUUCGUCGAAGAAGAACAAGAUUAUCGUAUAUAUUCAAUUGAGAGGGCUAAUAUCCUGGAUAAAAUGGAGUUUGUAAGCCAACGCAUUCUAAAUUUACACUUUAGCCCAACUAAAGGUCUCCAUCACUACGUGCCUGUUCUAUUUGAUUAUUUUCAUCUCUCAGCCAUUGAAGUUAUUAUACAUGGUAUGCUCGUUGCUCUGCAUCAACCUUACAUCAUUUUACCUCGUCCUCCAAAAUCAGCUUGGGCUGCAAAAGGGCCUGAACAUUCCACGUUGGAGUCAGUGUAUUUUGGAAACCGGCCUGGAGUUGGGAAUGUGUUUUGUGACGAGCCAUUGGCUGAUGAUACAUUGACAAGGGACGCGACCCUCACUCCUCAAUGUUGCAAGUCAUUUCCUCAGAUGCAGUCAAGAAAAAAUGAAUGUCAGAAGAGUUCAGUUUUCAUCAGCUCUUCAAGUUUACAGGGUGCUUGUUAUACACAUCGAAAAAUCUGCCACAUUCUACUUUCAGCUUAUGAAAGUUUACAAGAAACCUUUGUAAGCUAUAGUAAGUUAAUGUCAAACCUACCUACUGUUGAGCGGAAAGAUUGUCAUACCAAACUAGAAGAAUUAAUGAAAGUUUUACAGAAAUUUGAUAAUGAGGAAGAUCUUCUGGAACGGGCAAGUACCCAUGUAACACAACUGUGUGCUGAGAAUGUCAUUCUAUGGAACCAGUUCUUGGAUACUAUCAAUUUAGAUUCCUUUGUUAUGUAUCAGCUUGCUUCUGAUCACCAUCAGCAACGGGUAAAACGUUUUGCUGAGGGAUUUUUUAACCAAGACCAUGCUAAAUUGAAAAGUCUGGAGACAUAUGAACCGAGCAUUCACAGCCAUGCUGACUGUGCAACAAUGGUGCGUAACUCGCCGUACUUUGUUAACCUCCCACCACUUGCUGCUGAAUGUCUUGAGCUCGAUGGAGACCACACUUCACUGCCUAUCAUAUUUGAAGAUGUUUACUAUGAUAUCAAGUUUCCAACUUGUAAAAAUUUUCCUGAAGGUCAAGUUCAAUAUACAAAUCCUGCCUAUGAUUCUGAUGGAAAGGACUCGGAAAUUGUUUUAAGAGAUCGCUCUAAGUCAGAUACAUCCACAUGUUAUUACUACGGAGAAGAUCCAACUGAAUUACGUAAUAAAGGCAAGAGAAAAUUCAUCAAGAACAUAAAACCUGAAGCUUUCAAACGUCCAUCUUAUUCUUGCAUCAAUGCUGAUGCUACCCCUCCUCUGACUGAUGUUGUCCUUGUUGGCUACCGAAAGAAAAGUGCAGAAGAGACAACAGAAAGUCCACUGCAGUUAGGUACAUUGGGUCCUGAAUCAACAUCUCCUCCCAGUGAUUUUUUCUCUGGGAAUCAUCUUUCCAACUCUGUAUCCAUGACUUCUUUGUUAACACGAUCUUGUUGGAGUAGAUCCAGUAUAAACUCACUCCCGGAAUACAUUGAUGAGUUACACUCAGGUAAAAGAAACCAAUCGUCUCUCAAAACAGAUACACUUUCUGACAGUGGUUUAGUAAAGGCAUGCCAAGAAAAGCAUUCCUCCAUAUCCCUUACUGAUCCCAUUAUUAAUACAAAUAAGUGCCUUCAAAAAAUUGAUGGACAAGUUAACGAAGCCUUCUUAAUUGACAGGGAAACUCCGGAAAAUUUGUCCCUGGAAAACUGUCACAAUCACCAAUCUGAAAAUAUAAAUUCUGCCCAGGAAAGUGAAAAUACAUUAUCUGAUUGCUCUGAAGUUGCCGAAGUUAUUCCUAACAAUAUUGAUACAGUAUUGAGUUGUUCAGAAUCUGGAGGGUGUCAUUCAAAUAAUGUUGACUCAUUAUCUGCGUCUUCAGAACGUUUAGAAGUUGUCUCGUUAAGUAAUGUUGACACUAUGUCAAGUUGUUCAGAACCUUUAGAGGUUAUUCUGCAUGACGAUGUCAUAUCUGUUUGUUCAGAGCCAGCAGAUGUUUCAAAAGAUUCCAAUUUACACUCCAAUUAUUCAGACAAUUGUACAUCAGCACGAGACUUGGUUUCCAACAACAGCAGCAGUGCCCUAUCAAAUAGUAGUGAUCUCAACAAAAAAGAAGAUAAAAGUGAUUCGUGCAUAGACAGCCCGACUGAGGCCUCUCAAGACAAUAGUCUUGGCCCUUGUUCUUCAUCAACCAUUACAAGUGAAAGAAAUUCAACUGACGAACAGAUAACAAUACUUGAGCUUCUGAAAGAGGAGUAUGCUAAAACAAAUCUUGGGGAAAAAAUUAAAGAAGAGGUGAUAGUGGAGGAGGAGGAGGAGGAGGAAGAAGAUUCUGAAGUGAAGGAUGAAUUUGAAUCUGAUUAUUAUCAACCACCCCAUAGUCCCCUCCAUAAUCAAAAGUCAGCUAGCGACCCAGACAUUCAUCAAAGUGUCAUUAGUCGGAUUAGGGGCACUGAGCUAUCUCUUGGUGAGACAUUAACAGAAGGCACAAGUAGUAUUGGACCAAAAAGUAAUGUCUGGUCACAGACUUCAAACACUGGGUCUUCUGCCAUAUCAUCGUCAUCAUCAUUUCCUGAACUUUCGCGGAUAUACAACUUAAAAUAUGAUACACCGAGGCUUGUGCCACCUGUAGGGAACAAAACUUUGAAUUAUGCAUCUAUGAAAGAGAAUUUUAAAAAGCAACUAAAAUACCAGGGUCAUCUGUACAGUGAAUUUUCAUCAAUAGCUUCGGACAUUCCAUAUUUUUUGACUCCACAGUAUUAUGAUCCUAACAGUAAUUCUGAUCAUCUACAUUUAAUCAUCUGUGUCCAUGGUUUGGAUGGUAACAGUUCUGAUUUACGAUUGGUUCGUACAUAUAUCGAAAUGGCUCUACCUGGACAUCGGAUAGAAUUUGUUAUGUCAGAGCGCAAUCAAACAGACACAUUCGCUGAUUUUGAGUUGAUGACAACAAGAUUAGUGAAUGAAAUUCUUUGCUAUGUCCACAUGUAUGAUUUACGGCCACCAUCCAGAAUCAGUUUUAUUGGUCACUCUUUAGGAAAUAUCAUCAUCCGUUCUGCCUUGUCUCGAUCUGACAUUUCGCAUCUUCUUCCCAUGAUGCACACAUUCCUUUCCUUAUCUGGCCCACACUUAGGCACCCUGUACAAUAGCAGUGGACUGGUCAACAUGGGAAUGUGGGUAAUACAAAAAUGGAAGAAAUCUGGAUCGUUAUUACAGUUGUCCAUGAAAGACCAUUCAGAUUUGAGACAGUGCUUUCUUUACAAACUCAGCCAGAAAUCUGCAGGCUUAGAAUCUUUCAAGAAUAUAUUGCUGGUUGGUUCAUCUCAAGAUCGCUAUGUUCCUUUCCAUUCUUCAAGAGUAGAAAUUUGCAAAGCUGCACAAAGAGACACAUCCACACUUGGUGCCGUCUAUAUAGAAAUGGUGAUGAACAUUCUGAAACCUAUCGUUAACAGUGCUACAACUAAAUUAAUACGGUACGAUGUGUUUCAUGCAUUACCAAAUACUGCAAACACAAUCAUAGGCAGAGCUGCCCACAUAGCAGUUUUAGAUUCAGAACUCUUUAUUGAAAAAUUUCUUCUUGUUGUUGGUUUAAAAUUUUUUAAAUAAGAACUAAGUCAAACCUAUCUUAAAACUUAGGAAAAAAAAAAAAGAAAAGAGAAAAAGAUAAAUAUAUAAUAAAACAGCUUUUAUUGAUAGUUAUCAUUAAUUAUGGUAACUUCUUAAGUUUGGAAUAUUUCCCCAGUGGUCUUGAAUACUUUCUGUCCAUUUUUGCCUGCUGUCACUAUCAGUAUUUCAACUAUAACUAGGUUGCCACAACUGAAAUUCUAUCAUUGGGAGUUCAGGAUCGUACUAAUAUUCUUCCACUAUCUGGGAAAUCAACUUGUCAAUUUCUUCCAAAUACACAAUUUUACCAAAAAAAAAAAAAAA